AUGAGGGCACUUACAGACGUCGAGACGCAGACGCUGUUCACAAAACUCGCCAACUACACCGGAAGAUCCCUCACACAACUCAUCGCAUCUGCGGAAACGGGCAACGAAGACGACCGCUAUGUCUUCAGACUACAUGAAUCACGAGUCUACUACGUCCGCCUAGGAUUGGCGAACCUGGCUACAUCAGUCGCAAGAGAAAAUCUGCUGUGUCUGGGAACAUGUAUCGGCAAGUUCACAAAGACUGGCAAGUUCCGAAUGCACAUCACCGCACUUGAUAUCAUCGCACCGCACGCACGGUACAAGUUGUGGGUCAAGGCCAAUGGAGAGAUGCCGUUCUUGUAUGGUGGGAAUGUCGUCAAGGCACAUGUGGGGAGAUGGAGUGAAGACUGUCCGGAGCACUCGGGCGUGGUGGUACUGUCGAUGGACGACACGCCGUUGGGAUUCGGCGUCACGGCACGCUCUACGGCGGAGGCCAGAAAGCUUGACCCGACUGCUGUGGUGGCAUUCAGGCAAGGUGAUGUGGGCGAGUAUCUGAGGGAGGAAGAUACGCUGUUUACGACCUGA